UCUCCAACACUGGUGCUCGUUCAGUGGAAAACAUAAACAUUGCCGCAUUUCUUUAAUACUCGAAUCAGGAAAAUGACAACUGGCGACAGCGACUCCGACUCCCAAGAUGAAGCACAAAUGCGUCAAUUCUUAGAGGCUGCUGAUCACACACUGCUGAAUAAUGCCAUGUUUCAACCAAACACCAACUCUUCCAUUGAAACUGUUCCUACGCAACCCCAAUUAAAAAGCGAACGCUACUUGGAGCACGAGGCGACAGCAGGAGAGCAUGACUUGAAAUUCAGUGAAGAAAUGCGAACGCACUUUUGGAAGAAGCUAAGCCAGAUUAUUCGAAAUCAGGUUGAGUUUUGUCAGAUCAAAACUAGCGGUCAAACGGAGGAGAUACCAAUACCAGGCUGUGUCCAACUUGUGUCCAAUGCCAAGUGCUAUUUAAAUACAGAAAUUGUGGAGCCAACGGGACCUUUAAAGAAGCCAAUCAUUAAAAAACGCCGCUUAAGUGAAGAAGCUGCCACCGAGGAUGAUGCCAUUGUAUUGGCCGCUUGUACAGUUAGCGGACAGGAGGUCUUAGAUUCAAAAGAUACCAUGUAUUGGACUGAGCGAAAGCCACAUCCGAAUAAGUUUUUUCAAUACAAAUCCAAUAAAAAGAUAAACGGACAAGAGUUGCUUAAGGCGGUGGAAGUGGUGCCCACAAAUGAGUUUACAUUACAGAGACUUAAAAAUAAAUGGGACGAGUCAAAGAUAAGCCAGAAGAGACGAAUAUACAAUAAAAAAAAUUGAAAUUA